UUGCCAUUACCCACAGGAUAAAGAAAGGGCCCCUGUUAUUCAACAAUAGGGGAAAAGAAGGAGACAAUGGGAAAUUGUGCUUCCGAUGGGGUGGAGACAGAGAAGGAAAGGACAGACAGAUGACAGACAGGGGAGGUGGACAGAAGGGGUCAGGGUUUUUGAAGCAACUGGAGGUCCUGGAAGUCUGAUUCCCACCUUGAGAGCCUCUUCCCAUAGGCAAUGCGCACCCAGGCACCGGAGGGCAGAGGGGUCCAAGUCCUGGGGCUCUUAGAUGCUUGGACCUCCCAGGGGCCCAGGCAACUCCUUCACCUGGAACCUCUUCCUCCAGCAGGACAAAAAGCUGCUAGUCACUGCUCCCUCCAUCUCUGUGAAGAGGCCCACUUCUAACAGACUGUGCUGGGCUGACUCCCCAUCAUGCAAGGCAGGAUCAGUCUCCCCACUCUCUGCCACUUCCUUCUCCCUUGGGCCUUCACCACCUUCCACAGAGCCCUGGGGGACUCAGCGCCCCACCCUGGCCCCCACUACCUCCUGCCCCCCAUCCACGAGGUCAUUCACUCUCGUCGUGGGGCCACGACCACGCUGCCCUGCGUCCUGGGCGCCCCGCCUCCCAGCUACAAGGUGCGCUGGAGCAAAGUGGAGCCGGGGGAACUCCAGGAAACGCCCAUCCUCAUCACCAACGGACUGCACGCCCGGGGCUACGGGCCCCUGGGGGGGCGUGCCAGGAUGCGAAGGGGGCAUCGGCUAGACGCCUCCCUGGUCAUCGCGGGCGUGCGCCUGGAGGACGAGGGCCGGUACCGCUGUGAGCUCAUCAAUGGCAUUGAGGACGAGAGUGUGGCGCUGACCCUUCGCCUGGAGGGUGUGGUGUUUCCGUACCAGCCCAGCCGGGGCAGGUACCAGUUCAAUUACUACGAGGCGAAGCAGGCGUGCGAGGAGCAAGACGGACGCCUGGCCACCUACGCUCAGCUGUACCAGGCGUGGACCGAGGGUCUGGACUGGUGUAACGCGGGCUGGCUGCUCGAGGGUUCCGUGCGCUACCCUGUGCUCACGGCGCGCGCUCCGUGCGGUGGCCCAGGUCGGCCCGGGAUCCGCAGCUACGGGCCCCGCGACCGGAAGCGCGACCGCUACGACGCCUUCUGCUUUACCUCUGAGCUGUCAGGCCAAGUGUUCUUCGUGCCGGGGCGGCUGACGCUGUCUGAAGCCCACGCGGCGUGCCGGCGGCGCGGGGCCGUGGUGGCCAAGGUCGGGCACCUCUAUGCAGCCUGGAAGUUCUCCGGGCUGGACCAAUGCGACGGCGGCUGGCUGGCGGAUGGCAGCGUGCGCUUCCCCAUCACCACGCCUCGGCCGCGCUGCGGGGGCCUCCCGGAUCCCGGAGUGCGCAGCUUCGGCUUCCCCAGACCCCAGCAGGCAGCCUACGGGACCUACUGCUACUCCGAAUAGGGGCCCACAGCGCCCCUCCAGCGCGCGCGACAAAGCCUGGGAGUCGUGUCAGGGGUCUCUCGCCGCCCCUUUCCCGCGAGCCUCCCCUUCCAUCAGACGAGGAGCAGUCCCUCCUGACCCGCCUUCUCGGCCGAGGGCUGCAGGCCGAGGAUCCCGACUGGCCCGGCGUCGGGGAGGGGAAGUGGUGGCGCACCCGGUGGCGGUGCGCGGCUACGACCCUCGGACCCGCGGCGAUUCGCGCGCCCCGGCAGACGAGGCAGCCACUGCUAGGUGACGGAAGGGGAGUCGAGGGGGCAUUAACUGACUUCUAUAUACAGCAAUAAAAUAACUCGAGGACUUUU